GAGGCCGACGCGGGGGCGCGGGCAGGGCCGGCUGCUGAGACGCGCUGCUGCCCCCCGCGCGGGCGCCGCGGCUUCAAUGGCGCCAUCGCCCAGGACCAGCAGCCGGCAAGAUGCGACCGCCCUGCCCAGCAUGUCCUCAACUUUUUGGGCGUUCAUGAUCCUGGCCAGCCUGCUCAUCGCCUACUGCAGUCAGCUGGCCGCCGGCACCUGUGAAAUUGUGACGCUGGACCGGGACAGCAGCCAGCCACGGAGGACGAUCGCCCGGCAGACAGCUCGCUGUGCGUGCAGAAAGGGGCAGAUUGCGGGCACCACGAGGGCCCGGCCCGCCUGCGUGGACGCACGGAUCAUCAGAACGAAGCAGUGGUGUGACAUGCUUCCUUGUCUGGAGGGGGAAGGCUGUGACUUGUUGAUCAACCGGUCAGGCUGGACGUGCACGCAGCCCGGGGGGCGGAUAAAGACCACCACGGUCUCCUGACAAACGCAGCCCCAGAGGGGCCCCGGGAGUGGCCUUGGCUCCAUAUAGAGUCCACCCCUCGGCCACAGUCCUCUGUCCGCUGCGGACGCCCCCCAUUCUCCGCCAUCUGCCCACCCUCCGUCUCUCCGUAGCCCAUCCAGGACGCCCGCUUCCUCGGCAUCCUGAGCUGAGCCUGUCGGCCGCACCGAGGAGCCCGGCCUGGGACACGGUGGGGGCUGUGCUGGGCGUCGGGGAGCCUGGCCCCUCCGCAGUGGAGGAGGAGGAGGAGGAAGACGGCGCUGGCCCAGGGGAGGACUGACUCUCAGGCGCAGAAGUGGCCUCUCCUUGUGCCCCAGACUGUCCGAAUCGCUUUUAUUUUCUUAUCCUUUCAGUAUACUCGAUAGACCAAAGAGCAAAAUCUAUUUUAACGCGGACUCGCCCUCACCGUCAGAGUCCUGGGUUCGACUGGGGGACACGGGGGCAGAGACAUGCCGGAGGCCCCGGUGGGGUGGCCCCGGCAGAGGCCUCCGCCCCACGAACACUGCGGUGUCCCCUGAGAGGGGCCGAGCUGGCCGGAGGACCCCGAGGCAGCCCUGUGGGACGCGGUGGCGAUGUCCCCAUGCAGAGCCCGCGAGCGUGCCACCCCCCGGACACGGCCGGCCGCACAGUCCCCGCUCCUCUGUACUUAGAUGGACUUGAUCGUACUAAACUCACUUUCUGUUUUAACCUGUUAGACAGGCCUCUCUCCAGCUCCAUUUCCGAUAGUGGGGUAAUCCAGUAUCCGCCAAGAGCAUGUUGGGUCUCGACUGCUGUCUCAUCCAAUUCACCAUUUAGCUCCAGAAAGCAAAUUAAAGGAAACGAAAGUAACACUUGUUUGAAAGAGAUCAUUAAAUGUAUU